AAUGAGUUAGCUGCUACGGGACUUUACAGUAAUGACUGUUAACAAAACUGAAAAUGAAAGUGAUGUAGUUUUAAAAACUAGAGAGAGCCUUGACACAGAAACUGUUUGUGUUAAAGAAAAGUGGAGGUUAUUACCAGCUUUUUUAAAAGUGAAAGGUCUCGUAAAACAACAUAUAGAAUCUUUUAAUCACUUUGUUGAAACCGAAAUGAGUAAUAUUAUGUCUGCUAACAGAGAAGUUAGAUCUUCUGAAAACUCUGAUUUUUAUGUGAGAUAUCAUAAUAUAUAUGUCGAUAUGCCUUGCGAGAUUGACAUUCAAGGAACAAAAAAGAUUUAUCCGCAUGAAUGCCGGCUGAGAGAUAUGAGUUACUCCGCGCCGAUUAGGGUUGAUCUUGAGUGUUGCAUAGGAAACGAAAGAACGUUUGAGAAGGGCAUUAAUAUUGGUUUUCUUCCCGUCAUGCUUAGAUCCAACAGGUGUCAUCUUUAUAAAAAAUCCUUCUGUCAACUAGCCAAACGUGGGGAAUGCCCACUAGAUCCGGGUGGUUAUUUUAUUGUUAAGGGCGUUGAGAAAGUGAUUCUUAUUCAAGAGCAGCUAUCGAAGAAUAGAACUAUUGUGGACAGGGACCCGAAAAAAGGCUACUUUUCCACCGUUCAGAGUUCGACUCACUUGAGAAAGAGCAAAACUAGUGUUGUCCACAAGAAUAAUAAGUUUUACGUGCGACUUAACUCUCUCACUGAAGACGUCAACGUUGCCGUUCUCCUGAAGGCGAUGGGAAUGGAGUGCGACCAAGAGAUUGUCCAGCUGGUCGGCAGCGAGGGGAUGUAUUUGGACGCCUUCGCAGCUACCCUCGAGGAGUGCGCGCUUUUCGGCAUAUUCACGAGAAAGCAGGCUCUGAAGCACUUGAGUUUGAGGGUUCGCAGAUCCCGCAUGACCACUGGUUCUGCCGUGGGUGAUGCACAGCUGAUUCUCGCGGACGUGCUGCUCGCGCAUAUCCCAGUAGACGGGCUGAACAUGCGGACGCGCUGCAUUUAUCUCCUACUUAUGGUGCGGCGGAUAAUCAUGGCCCUGAAUGGCACUGUGCCUGUAGAUGAUAAAGACUACUACGGAAACAAGCGCCUGGAACUUGCGGGGACACUUCUUUCCCUGCUUUUUGAAGACCUUUUUAAACACUUCAAUGCCGAGUUGAAGAAAAGCGUCGACCUUGCAUUUUCUAAGAGAAACAGAGCAAUGAGAUUCAACGUGGUGAGAAAUAUGCCUCUCAAGAUCAUUACAGACGGCUUUUUAAGGGCCAUCUCUACCGGAAACUGGACGAUUGCCCGAUUUGGUGUCGACAGAGGCGGCGUCACAGCGCCGUUGGAUCGGCUUUCGUUUAUAUCUGCUCUGGGCAUGAUGACGCGCAUCUAUUCCCAAUUCGAAAAAACCCGGAAGGUCUCCGGCCCCCGCUCGCUACAGCCGUCCCAGUGGGGUAUGCUCUGCCCCAGUGAUACGCCAGAGGGCGAGUCGUGUGGCCUUGUUAAAAACUUGGCGUUAAUGACGCACAUCACUACCGACGAUGAUGACGAGCACUUGCGACAUCUCGCCUUUUCAUUGGGCGUGGAAGACAUUAAUAUGGCGUCCGGUGAAGAGCUGAACUUGCCUCAUGUAUAUGUCGUCUUUAUUAAUGGAUUACUGAUUGGCUUAACACAGCACUGGGAGUACAUCGUGAGUUACUUUGCACUUCUAUUUGCAGUCGAUCAUGUGAAUUUUUUUUAUAAGCUGGCGACUCUCAGGAAGUUGCGGAGGAGUGGCCGCUUAUCGGAAUUUGUUUCGGCGUAUCCCAAUCACGCUCAGAGAAGUAUUAACAUUGCGAGCGACGGCGGUCGAGUCUGCCGUCCCUACAUCAUCGUCGCCAAUGGAAAGUCUUUGCUUACCCACGAGCACAUCCGGCAACUUAAAGAAGGCGUGAGGGACUUUGAAGAUUUCCUGAAGGAGGGGAUCGUUGAGUAUCUGGACGUCAAUGAGGAAAACGCUAGUCUGAUAGCCAUCUCCGAGGACGACAUCACUCCCGACCACACGCACAUGGAGAUCGAGCCUUUCACUCUCUUGGGCGUCUGCGCAGGCCUUGUGCCGUAUCCUCAUCACAACCAGUCGCCUCGCAAUACGUACCAGUGUGCGAUGGGCAAGCAGGCUGUAGGCAUUAUUGCGCUUAACCAGCUCAUGCGCUUCGACACCCUCAAUUACAUGCUGGUGUAUCCGCAGUGCCCCCUCGUGAUCACACGCACGCUCGAACUUACGGGCUACACACAACUUCCUGCUGGCCAAAAUGCAAUGGUGGCGGUCAUGUCUUAUUCCGGGUAUGACAUUGAGGAUGCGCUUAUACUCAACAAGGGUUCGGUAGAUAGAGGUUAUGGCCGCUGUUAUGCCUACCGUAAGUUCUCCACUAACAUUAAAACGUACGCAAAUAAUAUGCAAGACAUUGUUAACGGCCCACCGCGGGACCAGGAAGGAAAUAUUCCCGCGCGGUAUCAACUACUUGAAGAAGACGGGCUCCCCGCCGUGGGUGCCGAGGUCUAUCACAGAGACAUCCUCGUGAACAAGAAGUCGCCGGUGGGCCAGUAUAUGGCAGGCUCUGACCAGUCGACUGCCGGGUACCAGGACGCCCCUUUGGUUUAUAGCAACGUUAAUUCUGCAAGAAUCGAUAAGGUGCUUAUCACCUCCAAUUCUGAAGAAAACUUUCUUAUCAAGAUAAGAACAAGAGACUUUCGAAGGCCGGAAUUGGGGGACAAGUUCAGCUCCCGUCACGGACAAAAAGGAGUCACUGGGCUUAUUGUGGAUCAGGAAGAUAUGCCCUUUACCGAUCAAGGGAUUUGUCCUGACGUCAUCAUGAAUCCGCACGGCUUUCCAUCUCGAAUGACAGUCGGUAAACUUUUGGAACUCCUUAGCGGGAAAGCGGGUGUCCUUGCUGGCAAGUUCCACUAUGGAACGGCAUUUGGCGGAGACAAAGUGGAGGACAUGUGCAGGAUCCUCAUAGAGUACGGCUAUAGCUACUCUGGGAAGGAGUAUGUCACCUCCGGCAUUACCGGCGAGCCAUUGAGCGCCUACAUCUUCUUUGGCCCCGUCUUCUAUCAGAAACUAAAGCACAUGGUGACGGACAAAAUGCACGCGCGCGGUCACGGGCGGAAAGCUAUACUGACGCGGCAGCCACCGGAGGGGAGGGCCAAGGACGGUGGACUUCGCUUGGGAGAGAUGGAGAGAGACUGUCUCAUUGCGUAUGGCGCAUCCAAUCUGCUCGUGGAAAGGCUGAUGAUCAGCAGCGACGAGUUUCUGGCGAGUGUAUGCAGUCAGUGCGGGUUGAUUGCCGAUCGUGAUUGGUGCCAGUAUUGCAAGUCGUCCAGCUUCGUCCACCGCCUGAAGAUUCCGUACGCGUGCAAACUGCUGUUUCAAGAGUUGAUCUCGAUGAACAUCAUACCGCGCCUGCGCCUAAAAGAUUUAUAAUAAACUCAGUGCUUUUUUAUUGCGUGCUCCACUGCUACUUGCAUAGCCACGUGGCUU